AUGAUUAGGGCGGAUGGGGGUUGGCGAGCGUUCUGGCGGGGGAAUCUUAUCAACUGCUUCAAAGCGGGCCCGGAGUUCGCGAUUGUCUUCUCCUUACGUCGUUACUGGUCUUCGCUCUACGAAGACUACAUCGACCGUGAAACGGAGCAGAUUGAGGCCGCAAUACGGCAGAUGGAGAGAAAUGGUCUGCGGAGCGGGGAAAUCAGUCGUCAUAGGCUCGCCAUCGACUCCAAGGUCUCGGUUCUCACCCCACCGAUGAGUUACUUUAUCUGCUUCUCACAGGUUCCGCGUUUGGUAGUGAACUUUUUCAUCGGAGCGGGCGCUGGGAUUGGCGCACAGAGCAUUCUCUACCCCAUGGAGGUGAUUAAAACCCGCCUGUGCGUUUCAAAAGCCGUCGAAUUUAAGGGUGGGGUAAGGCAGAUUGCAAAGAAUGCAUACCAACAGGGGGGAAUUAGGGAAUUUUACCGCGGCUUCGUACCCAAUAUGGCUGGGAUUAUUAUUUAUCGUGGCUUGGAAAUGGGAUUGUACACCAGUGCGCAGCAAUCAAUCAUGAUUUACCGCAUGCAGUGGCUUGGUAUGAGCAGACACGAUUCAGCACUAAGUACAGCCGAAAUUGGCCUUGCAGGCUUGGUGGCAUCGGGAAUCUCUCAAACAGUAUCCUACCCUCUUAAUGUAGUCCGAACACGUUUGCAAACACAAGGUUCGAACGGCCGGAAUCGGCAUUACGCAGGUAUGACGGAUUGCUUUGUUAAGAUGGUCCGGAGCAAAGGAGUCUCUUCUCUUUUUAGUGGAUUAACAGCUAAUUAUCUAAAAGCAGUCCCGGCAAGUACAAUAAUUUUUAUUGCAUUUGAGAAAAUGCAACAAUUAUUCUUGGGAGAUUACUAA